AACCAUUGAAUAUAGCAAAAAAUGGGUUAUGAACAUGGCAAGGGUGCAGAAAAAGGAGUUUCUUUGGUGCAAGGAGAUGAGUUUUUUCAUAAAGUUAUUUCAAGGGACUCCACUGAGGGCUGCUCUUCUCGUAUCUAUUACUACCGAAACUCUGAAGGGGUUCCAUUUGAGUGGGAAAUGCAACCUGGGACACCAAAAGAGCCCCCGAAAGAUGAAGAAAUUCCACCAAUUACUCCUCCACCAGCUGUGUUAAGCUUAGGACUUCCUAAGCCAUGCAUUAACAAUGAACAGCCCAAGGCUAAGACCUGGCUAAUAAUGCUUAGGUUUUGGAACAAAAUCAAGAAAAACAAAGAGAGUAAGAGUGUUAAGGCAGUUGGGUCUCAGGGGAGUAGUCAUGAUACUCAGGACUGUGGGGCUGAAAAGUUUUUAUUUUGUGGCUCAGACUCUGAAUUUAUGGAAUCAUCAUCAUCACCACGAGCUUCAAGCUCUUCAUCCUCGUCCUCUUUGUCUUUAUCGAACGGUCCCUCAGUGCAGUCAGCAAGAUUAGAGAGUCCAGAAGGCAAGGCUAAUUCGUUUCAUGGGACUUUAAGUUGCACUCCUUGGAGUAUAAGCACCAUUCUGGUUUCGAUUGCAAGGCGAGUUUAAUUUGAUACUAUUUGUAAUUAUUUGAUUAUCAUGUGUUAACUAGACUGCUGGCCUUUUUUUUUUUUUUUUUUUUUUUUUUUUUUUUUUGCUUUGCAACAUAUUUCUAAAGCUUAUGUAUAGUGAC